CCGAGAUGUGUUUAAACCGUCGUCUCGAAUCAUCAAGGCCAUGUCGGAAGUGACUAAUUUGAGAAGAAAUGGCGUCCAGUGCAGCCGGCGUGCUGAGCAGUGCUUCACCGCCAUGCCUAAGAACGAGCCGAAACCCCAAGGUACACGAAAGGCCUUCUACUUCUUUCUCUUUGGAUUGCUCUGCUUCGACUUCUGCUGCUACCAGUACUUCGAGUACUGAGCAUGACCCGAGCCGGAAAUUUAGCUACAGUAGAGCUUCUCCUUCUGUGAGAUGGCCACACUUGACAUUCCCUGGUAAUAAUCAAUUCACUGUUUACCCUUCCCCACCACCGGCCCCUACGGAAAACGAAAAUGAUUUCAGAUUUAAGGUAGAGAUGAAUGAUGAGGGCCAGGAUAGUAAUAGGACCAGGAGUAGGACAAAGGCUAAGAAAAUGAACAAAUUGGAGUUGAAGAGGGACAAAGAAUGGCGAAAGAGGGUACAGCUUCUAACGGAUGAAAUCUUAGGGUUGGGGUCUGAUGAGUUUGUGGCUGAUGUGUUGGAAAAGAAGUUGGUGCAGAUGACUCCCACUGAUUACUGCUUUAUGGUGAAGUGGGUUGGGAAGUGUAGUUGGCAGAGAGCAUUGGAAGUCUACGAGUGGCUGAACCUUCGUCACUGGUACACUCCUGAUGCUAGGAUGUUGGCUACGAUACUUGGUGUGCUUGGGAAAGCCAACCAGGAAGCAUUGGCUGUGGAAAUCUUUACGCGGGUGCAGCCCACUGUUGGCUACACAGUGCAGGUGUAUAAUGCAAUGAUGGGUGUUUAUGCUCGAAGUGGACGAUUCACUAAAGUCCAGGAAUUGAUAGGUUUGAUGCGCAAACAAGGAUGUGAUCCAGACCUUGUGAGUUUUAAUACACUGAUAAAUGCACGAUUAAAGUCAGGGCCUAUGACCCCAAAUUUUGCAAUUGAACUUCUAGACGAGGUCAAGAGUUCAGGGCUUCGGCCUGACAUAAUUACAUAUAACACUCUUAUCAGUGCUUGUUCACGCCACUCAAACUUGAAGGAAGCUGUGAAUGUUUUUAGCUAUAUGGAUACUCACAAAUGCCAGCCUGAUUUGUGGACCUACAAUGCUAUGAUUUCAAUUUUCGGAAGAUGUGGUCUUGCUUGUGAGGCUGAAAGGAUCUUUAAGGAUCUAGAGUCGAAAGGGUUUCGUCCAGAUGCGGUGACAUAUAAUUCACUGGUAUAUGCGUUUGCAAGGGAGGGAAAUUUUCAAAAGGUUAAGGUCACCUGUGAAGAAAUGACAAAGAUGGGAUUCGGGAAGGAUGAGAUGACUUAUAACACCAUGCUGAGCAUGCAUGGAAAGAAGGGACAGCAUGAUAUUGCUCUCCAACUUUAUCAAGAGAUGAAGUCUUCAGGCCGAGAUCCUGAUGUAGUAACCUACACAAUUCUUAUUGACUCACUGGGGAAAGCAAACAAGAUGGCAGAAGCUGCAAAUGUGAUGUCAGAGAUGUUGAAUUCUGGGGUUAAGCCAACUGUGAAAACAUAUUGUGCUUUGAUAUGUGGUUAUAAAAAAGCUGGGAGGCAAAGGGAGGCUGAAGAGAUGUUCAAUUGCAUGAAACGUUCUGGCAUCAAACCUGAUCGGUUGGCAUACAGCCUUAUGCUGGACAUGUGUUUGCGGUCUGAAAAUACUAAGAAGGCACUGUUGUUGUAUCAUGACAUGAUAAAUAACGGAUAUUCUCCAGAUCUUUCUCUUCAUGAAUCCAUCCUAAAAGUAUUAGGGAGAGAAAAUGAAAAAGACGGUAUCCAUAAAGUGGUCCAGCACUUGGAAGAAGUCUGUCAUUUGAGCCUGGACGACAUUUCAUCUCUACUUGUUAAGGGGGAGUGCUAUAAUUUUGCUGCCAAAACGUUGAAGUUAGCCAUAACACAAGGUCAUAAACUGGACAAGGACAACUUCUUGUCUAUUCUGGGAUUUUAUAGCUCCUCUGGGAGGCACUCGGAUGCUAUGGAAUUGCUAGAUUUUGUGAAAGAGCAUACUGCAGAUUCUCAGAAGUUUUUAAGGGAUACAAUGAUUGUCUUACUCUGCAAGAGUAACCAGUUGGAUGCUGCUUUGGCGGAGUACUUCAGAAGUUGCAACUACAGUAGUACAUGCAAUGCCAGUGUUGCUGCGUGUGAGUACCUCAUCAAAUGUUGUGAGGAAGCUGAACGAUUUGCUGAGGCUUCUCAAAUAUUUUCUGACAUGAGAGCCAGUGGGCUGCAACCUUCUCGGGAUGUUUACAGAACCAUGGCUACUAUCUACUUGACAAUGGGGUUCCCAGAGACAGGCCAUUACUUGGUCAAUCAAGCAGAAAUGCAAGGCAUACCUCUUGAUGAUGUUUCCAUUUAUGUAUGCCUAAUCAAUGCUUAUGGAGAGCUGAAGCUACUGGAAAAGGCUGAAGAUAUUAUGGGAACUCUGAGACAGAGGUUUAAUGUUGUAGACCGAACAGCUUGGAAUGCAUUAAUACAAGCGUAUGCUCUGAGUGGCUUCUAUGAGAAAGCGAGAGCAGCUUUCAAUACAAUGAUGAGAGAUGGUCCCUCACCUACAGUGGAUACCAUCAACAGUCUCUUGGAUGCAUUGAUUAUUGGUGGCAGAUUAAAUGAGCUGUGCAUUGUGAUGCAGGAAAUAAAAGAUAUGGGUUUUAAAGUUAGUAAGAGUUCCUUCACUUCGAUGCUUGAUGUGUUAGCAAAAGCAGGGAACCUAAAUGAAACUAAGAAAAUAUACCUUGGAAUGAAGGCUUUUGGGUAUUUUCCUACCAUGCAGCUUUAUAGAGUGAUGAUUGGGCUAUUUUCCAGUGCAAAACAAGUUAGAGAUGUUGAAGCCAUGCUUUCUGAAAUGGAGGAAUUAGGGUUCAAGCCUGACAUUUCAAUUUGGAAUUCCGUGCUCAAAUUAUUUACUAAAAGUGAAGAUUUCAAGAAGACCGUGAACAUAUUCCAACGAAUUCAAGAAGCUGGACUCAAACCAGAUGCACAAACUUACAGUAUACUGAUAACUAUGUACUGUAGGGAUUGUAGUCCUGAACAGGGUCUUAAACUUCUGAAAGAAAUGAGACUGCAAGACUUGAUUCCUGAGAUGGGCACCUACAAAAGUCUAAUCGCUGCUUUUUGUAAAGAGCUGAUGCUGGAAAAUGCUGAGGAACUCUUUGGUGGCCUUGUAGCAGAGGGUCAUAGGCUUGACCGCUCAAUCUAUCACAUAAUGAUUAAAAUGUAUAGGAGAUGUGGUAAUUGUUCUAAAGCUGAACAAUUAAUACUGAAGAUGAAGGAAUCUGGAAUUGAGCCUUCUACUGCAACAAUGCAUUUGCUGAUGACUUCUUAUGGGAGCUCAGGCAAUCCUACAGAAGCAGAGGAAGUGCUGAAUAAUUUGAAGAGAACUGGUGCAAGUCUUAGCACAUUACUAUAUAGUUCAGUUAUUGAUGCGUAUCUUAAGAAUGGUGAACAUAAUGUCGCCAUUCAAAUGCUUAAGGACAUGGUUCAAGAUGGGACAGAACCAGAUCACCGAAUAUGGGCUUGUUUCAUUCGUGCGGCUAGUUUAUGUGAUGAUAUCACGGAAGCCAAAAUUUUAUUAACUGCUAUUGCAGAAGCUGGUUUUAAUCUUCCUUUAAGGCUUUUGGCAGAGCAUUCUGAAUCACUAGCUGUGGAGGCAGAUCAAUACCUUGAGCAAAUUGCAUCUACAGAACAUGAUGCUGCAUUUAAGUUUGUCAAUGGUUUGGAAGACCUGUUGUGGUCUUUUGAGCGGCGAGCCACUGCUUCAUGGAUAUUCAAGUUGGCAAUCAAAAGGAACAUUUUUCAUCAUAAUGUGUUUAGGGUGGCUAACAAGGACUGGGGGGCUGAUUUCAGAAAAUUAUCUGCCGGAGCAGCUUUAGUUGGCCUAACUUUAUGGCUUGACCGCAUGCAGGAUGCUUCACUGAAGGGGUUCCCUGAAUCCCCAAAAUCUGUUGUACUAAUCACUGGUACAGCAGAAUACAACCAGGUUUCAUUGAAUAGUACAUUGAAGGCAUACCUUUGGGAGAUGGGGUCUCCAUUUCUCCAUUGUAAAACCCGAACCGGAGUGUUGGUAGCCAAAGGCCAUUCCUUACGGAUGUGGCUGAAAGACUCCCCAUUUUGCUUGGAUCUGGAGUUGAAAAAUACAACUACAGCGACAGAGGCUAAUUCAAUGCGACUUAUCUCUGGUUGUUAUAUGAGACGUGGUCUUGUUCCAGCUUACGAGGACAUAAUUAAGCGGCUUGGGCUGGAAACCCCCAAGAAGUUUUCAAGGCUCACAGUGCUUCCAGAUGAUAAAAGGGAGAGAGCAGUUAAAUCUUACACUGAAGGGCAAAACGGAAAGUCAGUCAGGUCGAUUAAUAUUGGGAUGAUAAGAAAGAAGAAAAUACAAAACUUUGUGAAGAAAAGACUAAUCAGGCAGGCGAAUCCAUGAAAAAGUCUUUCGGCAAAUGACAAGUCAAUUGCCAGCUCACCACAUGUCCGACUAGCUUGAUGGCGUGGCUGUGAUUGGUUAGUUUGCAUUUAGCCAGCUUUGUUCUCUUUCAUUUUCCAUUAUAAUCUGGAAGAGGCAUCCGAAUGAAACUUGGCCCACAGUACGCAUUCAUAAUGAUCUGCACAGUGCAAACUUCUCUUCUGGGUCUCCACUAUCCAGUUACUGAAGAAUUUACAAGGGCAAUCGUUUUUACAAAGAGCUUGCCACAAAUAUAAAGGUACUUCAAUGGUUUGUUUUCAAUUGAAAGCACAAAUUGGUUGUUAAAGUGUCCCCCUUCCCCCUGUGGUCAGGCUACAUAGUUCUAUGGCUGAAGAACUUAGUUCUACGACAACCCAAGUUCACACAGCCCACUUGCUUUCUUCAUUUGACAUGACAUAUCAUGGGCUCAAGCAACAAUCAUCCUGAACCACCUAGCAACCCGACAACGUUGGCCAAAUAUUAGAUUAUUUGGGGGGGGGGGGUAUUUGUUUAAUAAAUUAGAUGCCAUGUUAUGUGUGUUGGCUAAUUCUUCAGUAGGAUUAGGAUAGCUGAGAUAUUCUAGUUCAAGUAGGAAUAUAAUUAAAGGUCCUAGGAUUAACUAGCUUACUUGUUCAUAUGAGAACCAUGUUAGAUUAUAUGAGAGUGAUUGUCUUAAGUUUUGAGUUAUAUUUUUCUGAUAUGAUAGAAGUGGGUUC